UUUCCUUGUUUUUCUUGCAGAAUUUUCUAAUAAAAAAGAUCAUUCCUGAACCAUGGAGGUGCUGCAGUGUGAUGGCUGUGAUUUCCGAGCUCCAUCCUAUGAAGAUCUAAAAGCUCACAUUCAGGAUGUUCAUACUGCUUUUCUGCAGCCAACAGCUGUCUCUGAGGAAAACCCUAGCCAGCCAAGGUCUGGCUCCAUGAAUGCUAGCAACCAGACCGAGACUGAAUUUUCUUCUGUAAAGGAUGAAUUUACAAUUGCAGAUGAAAUAGGGCAAAAUACAACAACUCAGAUGGGGACUGGAAGUUAUUAUAGCCAGAGACAAAGUUUGUAUGGUCAACAUAUGGCUCCAAAUCCUAAACCAACAAACAAGUUUUUCCAGUGCAAAUUCUGUGUGCGUUACUUCCGAUCUAAAAACCUCCUCAUAGAGCACACUCGCAAGGUUCAUGGAGCACAAGUUGGGGGGAGCUCAGUAGGGUCACACGCUGCUGGAUCCUUAAAUUACAACAUCGUGAUGCAUGAGGGGUUUGGCAAAGUUUUCUCUUGCCAGUUCUGCACCUACAAAUCACCAAGGCGUGCAAGGAUUAUUAAGCACCAGAAAAUGUAUCACAAAAACAAUCUGAAGGAGAGUUUAACUCCUACUACUACCUCUGCUGUAUCUGAAUUGACAUCUGCCUCUGCUCCAGUGCAGGAACCUUGCAAGGAAUUGCCUGCAGAGGUGGUAGAGCGGAGCAUUUUGGAGUCCAUGGUCAAGCCUCUAACAAAGUCCAGGGGCAAUUUUUGCUGUGAAUGGUGCAGUUACCAGACACCUCGAAGGGAGCGCUGGUGUGACCAUAUGAUGAAGAAGCACCGCAGCAUGGUAAAAAUACUGUCAAGUGUGAGGCAGGAACAAGACAGAGCCAGUGCGCCUGAUGUGCAGAGUAAGAGUGCCAGGAAUGCCUCCCCAAACUCUAAUUAUAUCUCUAUGAAUAUGACAGGACGUGAUAUGUUGAAUGCUGAUGUCUCAAACUUCAGAAGCUCUACAGGAAAUUCCCUUAUCAGGCCCGACUCUUCUAUAUCCUCUAAGUUUUCUUCUGUGUCUUAUUCUCAAAUGAAGUCUAAAUUACCUCACAACUCAGACAUAGUUAAUUUGUCUGACAGAUCCUGCUAUGGAGUUGCUGACAUGACAAAUUCUUCUGCUGACUUGGAAACAAACAAUAUGCUAAAUGACUCCAGCUCAGAUGAAGAGCUAAAUGAAGUAGACAGCGAGAAUGGCUUGAACUCUGUGGACCACCAGACUUCAGGAAUAUCUGCAGAGCAACUGAUGGGUUCUGAUGGCAACAAGCUGUUGGAAACUAAAGGAAUUCCCUUUAGAAGAUACAUGAACAGGUUCCAAUGUCCUUUUUGCUCUUUCCUCACAAUGCACCGCCGAAGCAUCUCCCGUCACAUUGAGAAUAUCCACCUGUCUGGGAAGACAACUGUAUACAAAUGCAGUGAAUGCCCUUUCACCUGUAAGAGUUUGUUAAAGCUUGGAGCUCAUAGGCAAUGUCAUGCAGGUACAACAUCAGACUGGGACACUCUGAAUUCUCAGAGUGAAAACAUUGUCUCCUCUUUGAAUGACAACAUGGUUUCUUAUGAAAGUGGAAAUAUAAAUGGAAGGAAGUCAGCUGGGAUGACAGAAACAGUGCAGCAGCAACAGCAGCAGUUGCCUCAACCCCAUUCACAGCAUCCUUAUAAGUGCACAAUGUGUAACUAUUCUACCACUACUUUGAAAGGCCUCAGAGUUCAUCAGCAGCACAAGCACUCAUUUUGUGACAACUUACCAAACUAUGAUGGACUGCCAUCCAACAUGCCACAAGAGAGCGAGACAGAUGCUCUCACAUCUGUCAGCACAGUGAAGAAAAGCCAGACCUCAAUUCUUGGUCUCUUGUCUAAAAAUAACUUUGUUGCUAAAGUCGCUCGGAAGGUGUCAAAUGACUGCCCUUUGGAUCUCUCACCAGUGAAGAAAAGAACUAGAAUUGAUGAAAUAGCAAGCAACCUGCAGAGCAAAAUAAACCAAAACAAACAGCAAGAAGAUGCUGUGAUUAAUGUAGAGGAUGAUGAGGAAGAGGAGGAAGAUGACGAGGUGGAGAUAGAAGUGGAAUUAGACAGAGAAGAAGAACAAACAGAACCAAUAGUAGAGGUUUCUAGUUCUUAUGCACCCCAGCAAAUGUGGGGGAGAGAGACUAAUGAUUCCCAGAAGGAUGCAAACUUCAGAAUCAUGCAUCAUGAUUAUAAUUCCACCAACGGAACAGAGAUUGAGCUCACGUUAUCUGAAGAUGAGGAAGAUUAUUUUUCUUCCAUUAACAUGAAAGACCAACAGAGCCUUAAUGACUCUGUUCUGGGAAGCCAGCCAAAUAUGUAUGGCCCUGAUCAGAACAAUGAAAAUGUGGAGAUUACUGACUCUGGCAGGCUUUACUAUUGUAAACACUGUGAUUUUAGCAACAAAUCUGCCAGGAGUGUUAGUACCCACUACCAACGGAUGCACCCCUACAUAAAAUUCAGCUUUAGGUAUAUCUUGGAUCCCAAUGAUCACAGUGCAGUAUACAGAUGCCUUGAGUGUUAUAUUGACUAUACGAACUUUGAAGAUCUGCAGCAACACUAUGGAGAGCAUCAUCCUGAAGCUAUGAAUGUAUUGAACUUUGAUCACUCUGAUCUGAUCUAUCGCUGUCGCUUCUGUUCUUACACUAGCCCAAAUGUUAGAAGUCUGAUGCCGCAUUACCAGAGAAUGCAUCCAACAGUGAAAAUUAACAAUGCAAUGAUAUUUUCAAGCUAUGUUGUUGAGCAGCAAGAGGGGCUUAACACAGAGUCUCAAACACUGAGAGAAAUCUUGAAUUCUGCUCCAAAAACUAUGGCAACCUCCACCCCCAUGGCUCAUGGGACUACUGUGCCAGCAAGUUUUAACAAGACUGCCACAAAGAGCUUUAGUCCUGAAUGUGAAAAUCAGAAGGCACCUUCGGUCAAUUCUGUGGUUGUUUAUGACUGUGAUGUGUGCUCAUUUGCAAGCCCUAACAUGCAUUCAGUUCUGGUGCAUUACCAGAAAAAACACCCUGAAGAAAAAGCAUCAUAUUUCAGAAUUCAGAAGACCAUGCAUAUAGCUUCUGUUGACAGGGGCUCUGCCCUGGCUCAAAUGUCUUUUGAGGUGGGGGUGUCUGUCUCCUCAAAACUGUCCAAUUUGGCUUCUCAACCUCCACACCCCCCCCCAAUGCUGCCAGACCUUGCUCCUGAACUCUACUAUUGCAAACACUGUUCAUACAGCAACCGUUCAGUUGUGGGAGUGCUUGUCCACUACCAGAAAAGGCAUCCGGAAAUAAAGGUCACUGCCAAGUACAUCAGGCAGGCACCCCCUACUGCAGCAAUGAUGAAGGCUGGUGAGCUGCCACCUGGGAUUCAGAAACUGCCAGUGUCAGUGCAGCAGUUGAGCCAGGGAAGUUCUGAGAGCUCUGUGAAUCCCCUUGAGAACGAAAUGUUCUUCUGCCAGCACUGCGAUUAUGGAAACCGGACUGUGAAAGGUGUGCUCAUUCAUUAUCAAAAGAAGCAUCGUGAUUUCAAGGUGAACGCAGAUGUGAUUAGGCAGCAUACAGCCACCAUUAGAAGCCUUUGUGAUCGUAACCAGAAGAAAUCAUCUGGCAGCAUGCCUGCUCACACCUCCAGCACUGAACAGGACAAGACAAAGCUGAGAACCCUCAAAUGCAGGCAGUGUGGCUACACAUCACCUUACUUCUAUGCAUUGAGGAAGCAUAUUAAGAAAGACCAUCCAUAUCUGAAGGCUACAGUCACAUCCAUUCUGAGAUGGGCAUUUUUAGAUGGCUUGAUAGAAGCUGGUUAUCACUGUGAAUGGUGCAUUUAUUCACAUAUGGAACCAAGCGGUUUGCUUGUACAUUACCAAAGGAGACAUCCUGAACAUUAUGUUGACUAUACAUAUAUGGCAACUAAACUCUGGGCAGGUCCAGAUCCUUCUCCUACCCUAGUGAUGCCAACAGAGGCAAAGACCUAUAAAUGCAGAGACUGCAUUUUUGAAGCAUCUUCCAUUUGGGAUAUUACUAAUCACUACCAGGCUUUUCACCCUUGGGCUAUGAAUGGGGAUGAAUCUGUACUGUUAGAUAUCAUUAAAGAAAAAGAUGCUGCUGAGAAAAUUGGCACACAGCUUGAUGAAGUUAGGGCCAGGAUUAAUUCUGAAAAUGAAGUAACAUCACAGAUGGACCAGGAUGUGGAGGAUCCCAGCCUUUCCCAGGAAAAAAAAAUUCAGCUGGCUUCUGCAAACCCUGCUAUCUCCUCCACUCCCUAUCAGUGUACAGUUUGCCAGUCUGACUACAAUAACUUGCAUGGCCUCCUGACACAUUAUGGCAAAAAGCAUCCUGGCAUGAAAGUAAAAGCUGCUGACUUUGCACAGGACGCAGACAUUAACCCAGGGGCUGUGUACAAGUGCAGACAUUGCCCAUACAUUAACACACGCAUUCAUGGUGUCCUCACACAUUACCAGAAACGGCACCCAUCAGUAAAGGUCACUGCUGAAGACUUCGUGCAUGAUGUGGAACAGUCGAAUGACAUUGCCCAGAAUGAUAUAGAAGAGACCAGUAAGAUUUUCAAGCAAGGCUAUGGUGCAUACCGGUGCAAACUAUGCCCUUACACCCAUGGCACACUGGAGAAGCUCAAAAUUCACUAUGAGAAAUACCAUAAUCAGCCUGAAUUUGAUGUUUUUGCUCAGUCCCCACCAAAGGUGUCCGCCUCAGUGGAGCCAGACAUAGUAAUUGAAAUCAAGGCCUCCCCAGAAAUUGCUUCUGAUGGUGUUGGAGAAGUCUGUAUCUCAGCACCUCAUUUCUCCAGUUCUCACUUAGUGUCUCACACAGUGUUCCGGUGUCAGCUCUGCAAAUACUUCUGUUCUACCCGGAAGGGGAUAGCCAGGCAUUACCGCAUCAAACAUAAUAACGUUCGGGCACAACCAGAAGGCAAGAACAACCUCUUCAAGUGUGCUUUGUGUUCCUACACCAACCCUAUCCGCAAAGGGCUUGCAGCACACUACCAGAAAAGGCAUGACAUUGAUGCUUACUACACUCAUUGUUUAGCAGCUUCCAGGACAGUAAGUGACAAACCCAAUAAAGUGAUCAUUCCAUCUCCUCCCAAAGAUGACACUCCUCAGUUAAGUGAGGAGCUGAGGAGUGCUGUGGAAAAGAAGAAAUGCUCGCUUUGUUCCUUUCAAUCUUUUAGCAAAAAAGGUAUUGUGUCCCACUACAUGAAGCGUCACCCUGGUGUUUUCCCUAAGAAGCAGCAUGCAAGCAAGCUGGGGGGUUACUUCACUGCUGUGUAUGCAGAUGACCAUGAAAAGUCGACUCCAGCUGAGGAAAGGAAUGACUUUGAAAAGCCUGAGGUGGAGAGCGAGGCUCAGGAAACUGAGUGGCUUCCUUUCAGAUGCAUAAAAUGUUUCAAGCUAUCCUUCAACACAGCAGAGCUGCUGUGCAUGCAUUACACUGACCACCACAGCAAGGAUUUGAAGAGCGACUUUACCAUAUUGGGAAGCGGCACCCGCUCUCAUAAUGCUGUCUACCGGUGCAAGCACUGUGAUGCUAAGUUGCAUAGCAUGGCAGAGCUGACCUCACACUUGAAUAGUCACAAUGAGGAAUUCCAGAAGCGUGCCAAACGUCAGGAGAGGAGGAAACAACUUUUGAGCAAGCAGAAAUAUGCAGAUGGUGCUUUUACAGAUUUCAAACAAGAGAGGGUUUUUGGACACUUGGAAGAUGCUUCAAAACUUAAGGAGACGAAAGUAGUUGGCUACAAAUGUAAAUUUUGUGUGGAAGUUCAUCCAACGCUUCGUGCCAUCUGUAAUCAUCUCCGUAAGCAUGUCCAGUAUGGGAAUGUUUCUUCUGUGUCAGCUACAGUAAAGCAGGAAGCUGAAGAUUCUUCAAGCACAGCUUUGGAGGGUUUUGAGGGAGCGAAAGACCCUGGCAGUGUGGAAUUUACAGAAGCUGAAUCUGGAGCAUCCUUGGAAGAUGAAACCAGGCUUGGGGGCUACCACUGCAGCCAGUGUGACCGGGUUUUGAUGUCUAUGCAGGGUCUGCGAUCUCAUGAGAGGAGUCACUUGGCGCUGGCCAUGUUUACCCGGGAAGACAAGUACAGCUGCCAGUAUUGCUCCUUUGUCUCUGCUUUCAGGCACAAUCUGGAUCGCCAUAUGCAGACUCAUCAUGGACACCAUAAGCCAUUCCGUUGCAAGCUCUGUCCAUUCAAGUCCUCUUACAAUAGCCGCUUGAAAACCCAUAUACUCAAAGCUCAUGCUGGUGAACAUGCCUACAAAUGUUCUUCCUGCACAUUUUCCACCAUGACAAUCAGCCAGCUGAAAGAGCAUUCCUUGAGAGUGCAUGAGAAAGCACUGACACUGCCAAGACCCCGUGUUGUCGGCCUCUCAGCCUCACUUGGCUACCACACCUCCAAGAACCACACUUCUGCUGAAGAGGUGGAGGACUCUAAUGACUCUUCAUACUCGGAACCUCCCGAUGUUCAGCAACAGUUGAACCACUACCAAUCUGCAGCUCUGGCCAGGAAGAAUAACAUCAGCCAAAUCCCACUUUCUGGGAGUGCUGCAGGAGUGGAAAAAUCAGAAGCUAUCCUUAACUGUGAAUUUUGUGAAUUCUCCUCUGGUUACAUACAGAGCAUUCGACGUCAUUACCGUGACAAGCACGGAGGGAAGAAACUCUUCAAGUGCAAAGAUUGUUCCUUUUAUACAGGCUUUAAAUCUGCUUUUACUAUGCACGUGGAAGCUGGGCAUUCGGCAUUUCCUGAGGAAGGACCCAAAGACCUUCGUUGUCCUCUUUGCCUAUAUCACACCAAAUACAAAAGUAACAUGGUUGAUCAUAUAGUUCUGCACAGAGAAGAGCGGGUUGUUCCCAUUGAAGUUUGCCAUUCCAAACUGUCAAAAUACUUGCAGGGAGUUGUUUUCCGCUGUGAUAAGUGUACCUUUACCUGCUCCAGUGGUGAGAGUUUGCAGCAACACAUAGAGAAGCACAAUGAACUUACACCUUACAAAUGUCAACUCUGCUACUAUGAGACCAAACACACAGAGGAGCUGGACACUCAUCUUCGAGAUGAGCACAAGGUGAGUCGUAAUUUUGAGCUGGUUGGAAGAGUUAACUUGGAUCAGCUGGAACAAAUGAAGGGGAAAACAGAGAGCUCCAGCAGUGAUGAGGAAGAAAAAGAGUUAAGCCACAAGACUGAAAAGAGAGAGUCCAUGAUGUAUCCUGACAGUGGAGCUCUGGAGAAGCGCUUUCCAUGUGAGUUCUGUGGCCGAUCAUUUACAGAGGGCUUUGAGUGGGAACGACAUGUGCUGAGGCAUGGCAUGGCUCUGAAUGAAAAUAAGCAAGGGACCAGAGAGUACAGCAAACUGAAGGAGAACAUGGAAAAGACUGUUAGUGCACUGAGCGUAGAAGAAAAGGAAAGCACUGAGAAAAUGGUGGUGGACUUGUCCCACAACAGUGAAACUACAGUCAGUGUUGUAGCUACUGACAAACCUCUCCAAGAGACCUCAGAGGCCAAAAAUGAAUAAAAACUUGGUGUGAUUCUAAUAAACUUACUUGAACAGUGGUGAAAUGGGAAGGGAUGGGCAGGUGGGGUGGGCAGAAGGAAGAAACAAAGCUGCUUUUAGGAAUGAAUGAUCUAUUUUCAAAGCACUGGUACCUAUGUGUGUGUAUAUUAAAGUUAUUUAAAUGAUGGAAUAAGUGGUUCCAUUAUAUCACUGCAUCUUUUAUUCUGGGUCUUGACAAUGGGAAGUUACAUUCAUAUUGGACUAAUGAAACAACUCCCUGCAUCUCUACAUUACAAUGUGCUUUGCAGCAGAGACUUACAUUGUUUGCAAACAGAAGCAUAACGAGCAUGGUUGGGGGGGGGGCUGUAACUUUUCAACAUGCAACUUUUGGUGUGUUUUUCUAAUUUCAAUGCAUUAUGAUUUUCCAGAUUGAAUGCAACUGCUUUAGAAAAGAAAACAAAAGCAAGACAGAAACUGCUUUGCUUAAAACAACCACCUGUUUCCUAAUACCUCAAAAUUAACAAAGGGACACCUCUGCAUUUGUUAGUACUACCUGUUGUCAUUACAAUUAAAGUAGAGAGACUGCUGGGCAAGGUGGUGAAAGGAGGAAGAAACAAAGUUUUAAAGAAAGGAAAACAAAUUGUGCUUAAAAUCCCACUGUGGAUUUUAUUUCUUAAAAUACUGUGAUUUUUAAAAUUAUUUUAGUAAA